AUGGCGAAUACCAGACUUCAAUACCGACGGCGAAAUCCAUACAACACACGGUCAAACAAAGUUCGCAUCAUUAAGACCCCGGGCGGCAACCUUCGAUACCUCCACAUCAAGAAGAAGGGAACGGCGCCAAAAUGUGGUGACUGCGGUAUCAAACUCCCAGGCAUUCCCGCCCUCCGACCCCGUGAAUAUUCCCAGAUCUCCCGCCCCAAGAAGUCAGUGUCCCGUGCUUAUGGCGGUUCCCGCUGCGGUGGUUGUGUCAAAGACCGGAUUGUCCGAGCCUUCCUUAUCGAGGAACAGAAGAUCGUUAAGAAAGUGCUGAAAGAAUCACAAGAGAAGGCUGCUUCUUCUUCGAUGAAGCGUUAA